AUGAGGUAUCUGAGCCUCAUCUUGGACGGCACCUGGUGCUUCAAGGAACAUGUGAACCGUCUGGUCCCCCGGCUGAGAGUAAUCUCAGCCAACUUGAGCAGAUUAAUGCCCCAUGUCGGGGGACCGGACUGGAAGGCCCGUCGCCUCCACGCUGGGGUAUUAAACUCGGUGUCUCUAUACGGAGCACCGAUUUGGGCAGAGGCUCUGGCCGCCAGCCACCCGUUACAAGCGCUUCUGCGUAGAGUGCACAGGUCACUGGCGGUCAGGGUCGCCCGGUGUUACCGUACGGUAUCCCACGUGGCGGUGACGGCCCUGGCGGGCAUGCCCCCAGGGCAUGCCUCGAGCUCCUGGUCCUAA